CUUUAUUCGUACUACGCUCAAGCACGCCUGACAGCCUUGUUUUCCAAUUUUGCAAUGGAUUUACCGCUGCCUUUCGGCAGCUCCUCCGUGAGAGGUGUGAAGAAGAAGAACAAGCGCAGAUACUGCUGCGUUAAGGAUUGCCACAACUGUGAAGGUGAUGACGGCAUCAAAUUUUACCGCUUCCCUUCAAGACCGUGGGAAGUGAACAGGCGGCUGAAGUGGAUCGUCGCGGUUCGGCGCGUCAACGGUGAUGACCUCUCACAUUGGAGCCCGAAUAACAAUACGAGAAUUUGUUCGAGGCACUUCGUCAACGAAGAAAAAAGCAACAUCGAGAAUCAUCCGGGUUACCUGCCAACAAUAUUCCCACCCGUCUACAAGAAGCGGUCCACGGUUCCUGCUGCACAGAUUUCCAGGUUCAGCAGGUGGAUGCACAGAUCUGCGGCUUCAGCUACUGCAGCGCCUUGUGCGGCAGAAGUAGCAGAAUUUGAUGCUGAAGACGCCAGCAGCAGUGCCAUCUCUGUAGCAGCCGAGGUGACUGGCGAUUCUAUAGAUGCAGCAGCAUGGGACGGCCUGAACGUGUUGUGUGCUGCUGCUGAGGUCCACGUAGCAGCCAGAUCAGUGGAAACUCAAACAUCGGAGACGAGCAGCGUGACCACAAGAUUUUCAGUGUUUAUUUGCUGCACUGAAGGCAACAACCUGUCAACGCAGAUAACCCACCACGAGACACGCGACUGUGAAGUGCAACACAUUCCGAACGUUGCCAGCAAGCACAGUGGUCCAGACCAUCGGACAAGCUAUUUUGCUGGCCACGAAAGUGUUUCAAGGAGUACAAGUGCUCUUGAAGACUUAUGUAAUGUAAGUCAGGUGGUGUUCGCCGUGCUCUUGAGCGUGUUUCCGGUCUCGACUGAGAGCAGAUGUGACGUAUCUAAAGAAGACCGACUGCUGCUGUUCCUGAUGAAAUUGAGACUUGGCAUCAGCUAUUCAUCCCUGGCUACCCUGUUCAGCAUUAGUGUAACAUCAACCUGACGGCAUUUCAAAAGUGUCCUCAAAACCUUGGCAUUUCCUAGAAAGCAAUGGAUUUUUCGUCCUCCGCUCAGAGUUAGUCAGGCUACCAUGCCAGACUGUUUUAGGGCACAUUAUCCGGACUGCACAAUGAUAAUUGACUGCACAGAAAUUCGCACUGGGCAGCCACCAACUGUACAGCAGCAGAGGACUCUAUACUCCCAGUACAAAGGCGGGUAUACUUUGAAAUUUCUUGUUGCGGUUACACCUGGCGGGAUGAUAUGUUUCCACUCAGAUGCGUAUGGGGGAAGGAUGUCCGACACACACAUUACUGUCGAUUCUCGCAGUGAUGAUACUGCUGCGCCAAUUGCGCCGAACUGCGCCGAAACGUGAACACUGCUACAUCCUGCUACAUUUCCGCAAAAUAUGGUAAAUCUGCGCCCACCCUGCGCCGAAGGGUGUACUCCGGUCCAGAAACGAAACUAAUUAAUCGAGUGCCGCUUAUGUCACCAUCGACAGCGGCAUCGCUUGAGCUACCGUACUCGCGGCGCGCGCGGCAAUCCGAGCCAAACCAAGCCUGAUGGUGUUGCUGCUGUCAACUGCUGCUGUUGCUGCUAUGGUCUUUGCGGCAUGCGGUCGUGCGGUCGCCCUGAGUAGGAUGUGCUAGC